AUGGGGGACUCCAACACAGAUACCAGCGCCACCGGGUCUGAGGAAGUGUCUCUUUUCAGCAUGACGGACAUGAUUCUGUUUUCACUCAUUGUGGGUCUCCUGACCUACUGGUUCUUCUUCAGAAAGAAAAAAGACGAAAUCCCGGAGUUCACCAAAAUUCAAGCCAUGACCUCCUCUGUCAAAGACAGCAGCUUCGUGGAAAAGAUGAAGAAGACGGGCAGGAACGUCAUCGUGUUCUAUGGCUCCCAGACGGGCACUGCCGAGGAGUUCGCCAACCGCUUGUCCAAGGACGCCCACCGCUACGGGAUGCGGGGCAUGUCAGCCGACCCCGAGGAGUAUGACUUGGCCGACCUGGGCAGCCUGCCAGAAAUAGAGAACUCCCUGGCAGUGUUCUGUAUGGCCACCUACGGCGAGGGUGACCCUACUGACAAUGCCCAGGACUUCUAUGACUGGCUUCAGGAGACAGAUGUGGACCUCUCUGGAGUCAAGUAUGCGGUGUUUGGCCUUGGGAACAAGACCUAUGAGCACUUCAAUGCCAUGGGCAAGUACGUGGAUAAGCGGCUAGAGCAGCUUGGUGCCCAGCGAAUCUUUGAGCUGGGGAUGGGCGACGACGACGGGAACCUGGAGGAGGAUUUCAUCACAUGGCGAGAGCAGUUUUGGCCGGCUGUGUGUGAGCACUUCGGGGUGGAAGCCACGGGAGAGGAGUCCAGCAUUCGCCAGUACGAGCUUGUGGUUCACUCAGACAUAGACAUGGCCAAGGUGUACGUGGGUGAGAUGGGCCGUCUGAAGAGCUACGAGAACCAGAAACCCCCCUUUGAUGCCAAGAAUCCAUUCUUGGCUGUUGUCACCACCAACCGGAAGCUGAACCAGGGAACUGAGCGACACCUCAUGCACCUGGAAUUAGACAUCACAGAUUCCAAAAUCAGGUAUGAAUCGGGUGACCAUGUGGCUGUUUACCCAGCUAAUGACUCUGCCCUGGUCAACCAGAUCGGCGAGAUCCUGGGUGCUGACCUGGAUGUUGUCAUGUCCCUCAACAAUCUUGAUGAGGAGUCCAACAAGAAGCAUCCAUUCCCCUGCCCAACCUCCUACCGCACAGCCCUCACCUACUACCUGGACAUCACCAACCCGCCGCGCACCAACGUGCUCUACGAGCUGGCCCAGUACGCCUCGGAGCCCUCGGAGCAGGAACACCUGCGCAAGAUGGCCUCCUCCUCGGGCGAGGGCAAGGAGCUGUACCUGAGCUGGGUGGUGGAGGCUCGGAGGCACAUCCUGGCCAUCCUGCAGGACUACCCAUCCCUGCGGCCCCCCAUCGACCACCUGUGUGAGCUGCUGCCUCGGCUGCAGGCCCGCUACUACUCCAUCGCUUCUUCCUCCAAGGUCCACUCCAACUCUGUGCACAUCUGUGCUGUGGUUGUGGAAUAUGAAACCAAGUCCGGCCGGAUCAACAAGGGUGUGGCCACCAGCUGGCUUCGGGCCAAGGAGCCCGCAGGGGAGAACGGCUGCAAGGCCCUGGUGCCCAUGUUUGUGCGCAAGUCCCAGUUCCGCCUGCCCUUCAAGGCCACCACACCUGUCAUCAUGAUAGGCCCUGGCACUGGGGUGGCCCCCUUCAUAGGCUUCAUUCAGGAGCGGGCCUGGCUGAAGCAGCAGGGUAAGGAGGUGGGUGAGACGCUGCUCUACUAUGGGUGCCGCCGCUCUGACGAGGACUACCUGUACCGGGAAGAGCUGGCCCAGUUCCACAAGGAGGGCUCCCUCACCCAGCUCAAUGUGGCCUUCUCCCGGGAGCAGCCCCACAAGGUCUACGUCCAGCACUUACUACAGAGGGACAAGGAGCACCUGUGGAAGCUGAUCCAUGAGGGGGGCGCCCACAUCUACGUCUGUGGGGAUGCUCGGAACAUGGCGAGGGAUGUGCAGAACACCUUCUACGACAUCGUGUCUGAGCUGGGGUCCAUGGAGCACGCCCAGGCCGUGGACUACAUCAAGAAACUGAUGACCAAGGGCCGAUACUCCUUGGACGUGUGGAGCUAA